CACAUAUGUUUUAUUGUCCAUGUCAAGCGUCAUGGAAAUAGUUACUUUGUUACAGAACGUAUAGGAACAACCUCCAAGAAGUAGUCUAUGCUUUGCUUUAAUCGCAGACCCUAAUAAUUAGCUAAUAAUGCUUAAUCUUUUUUGUAUUAAAGGAAACAGAUCAAGAUAGACAAUAACCUGUUUAGCGGGGAAGUGGAGCAAGUCCAAGGAAUGUCGAUCAAGACCAGAAUGCACUAGUCUGAGAUAUCAUUACUCAUCUCACUCGGCGCUGAAUGGUUUCUUCCACCCGGGGCACUUUGUCUUUGUGCUGGAAACAAAAUAUUUUGAUGAUGUUUGACCAGGUCGGUGGGAUGUACAGCAAGUCUGUGUUCGAGGACUUUAUCACACGCAAGGAUAACAAUCAAACUAUUCUUCAGGAUUACAACGAAUAGACGAAUGUUUGCAAUUGCUUCUUGGUGAAAACGAGUUUUCGGGUGAACCGGUAUGUCAUUGCUGGGGUGAUGCAUGGACUGAGGAGUUACAAGUUGCGAUAGCCCACAAGUUUAAUUGCAGUUUCAAGUAUCGAAGGUAAAGCUUGGAUAUCCUCAAUAGAAACAAAGAAAACGUUUAGGCUAAUGGGACAUAAGGCUAUCGAUAGGAAUAUGCUAUUGAUGUAGUAGGCAGUUGGUGCAUGGCAUGUGGUAUUAAGCAAUUUAUCCAGUUUGCAAAUGAUAUUUGCAGUAAGAAUACCAAAGUAAAUAGCCCAUAUUCCUUGUUAAUAAUUGUAUGUGUACAGGAAUGGAUUCGCACAACCACUGAAAACCAUUUGCAAUUCGAUGUUACUGGUUUUGUAAGCAGUCCACAGGCCUACUAAAAAGAUUGACAAGAUUCUUGGCACAGUAUAGAAAACAAACCCAACACUUGUGUAAUCGAGUCGUAGAUAUACCCAGCUUGAUACUGCACUAGCUGUUUUUUAGGGAGUUAAACCAGUUAUAGCACUAAGGUUGUUAUCGUGUUAUAGUGCAUGAGCACAGAUCAGUGUUUAUGCCAUUUGACAGUUGUUGUGGCGUUCCAGCACAAUACCAUUAGAUUUACAUAACUCUUUCACACCAUCUCUUAUUGAUUCAAACAAGUGUUGGUGACUACAGUUGAAAUGAGCUGAAAUAGUAGGGCUAUAGUUCAACAAUCUAGACAUCACCUAUUUGUGUGUUAAAAUGGUGUGCUCAAGGGUAGCAGCAUCACAAUGAUUUUAGGCAGCGUGUGCAUAUGAUUUUCAUCAGAGAGUCAAAAUGUCGAUGAAAGGCAAGGCACUCUACACUUUCCAAAGUGAAAACAAAGAGGAGAUCAGCAUACAGGAGAAUGAGGAACUGGUUAUCUUUGACGAUAACUCUGUAGAUGGCUGGUUACAAGGGGAGAACAGUAAAGGACAGAGAGGUCUCUUCCCGGCCUCUUACGUGGAAGUAAUCCGCCCUCGUUCCAACUCCAACCUGACAGACUGCUCCAUAAGCCCGGUGGGUUCUCCAGGCAAUGACUCCUCAUAUUUCCCCUCCGCCCCAAACACGCCCUUUCACAUGCAACAAGGUUACUAUGACGACGAUGAUGAUGACUGGGAUGAUUGGGAUGACAGUUCCACAGUGGUGGACGAUGAUGGCCGCAGUGGCGCAAAUGGACAUUCCCAUCAGAGCCCCCACUCCAACAACCCCAAUGUCCACUAUCGAGCCAAACCUUACAUGGAGAGGCAGGACAGCAUCUCCAGCUCGCGGAAGGGCAGUAUGGUGGGCAGGAACUUGAACCGAUUCUCUAGCUUUGUCCGCUCAGGGGUGGAAGCUUUUGUGUUGGGCGAUGUGCCCAUGAACGCUAAGAUAGCGGAGUCGUACACCAUUGAGAUGGGCCCCAAAGGGCCUCAAUGGAAAGAAAGCCCCACACCUUUCUCUUGCUCCAUCGAGGACCCUACCAAGCAGACCAAGUUCAAAGGCAUCAAGACCUACAUAUCGUACCGAGUGACCCCAAGCCACAAUGCGAGGCCUGUGUACCGGCGUUACAAGCACUUCGACUGGUUGUACAACCGUCUACUGCACAAGUUCACCGUCAUCUCCGUGCCCCACCUGCCCGAGAAACAGGCAACAGGGCGCUUCGAAGAGGACUUCAUCGAGAAGCGCAAGAGGCGGCUGAUCCUCUGGAUGGACCACAUGACUAGCCACCCGGUCCUGUCGCAGUACGAGGGCUUCGAGCACUUCCUCAUGUGCGCCGACGACAAGCAGUGGAAGCUGGGCAAAAGGCGGGCAGAGAAGGACGAGAUGAUGGGCGCCAACUUUAUGCUCACCUUCCAGAUCCCAAAUGAGCACCAGGACCUGCAGGACGUGGAGGAACGUGUGGACUCCUUCAAGUCCUUCGCCAAGAAAAUGGAUGACAGCGUCAUGCAGCUUACACAUGUGGCCUCAGAACUGGUGCGGAAGCACCUCGGAGGCUUCCGGAAGGAAUUUCAGCGGCUGGGGAAUGCCUUCCAGAACGUCAGUCAGGCUUUCAUGCUGGACCCUCCCCACUGCUCGGAAGGCCUCAACACCGCCAUCUCCCACACGGGACGUACUUACGAAAACAUUGGGGAAAUGUUUGCGGAGCAACCUAAGUAUGACCUCUUCCACAUGCUGGACAAACUGUCACUCUACCAGGGCCUACUCGCCAACUUCCCGGACAUUAUUCAUCUACAGAAAGGUGCGUUUGCCAAGGUCAAAGAGAGUCAGCGGAUGAGCGACGAAGGGAAAAUGGACCAGGAAGAGGCAGACGGAGUGCGUAAACGCUGCCGGACAGUGGGAUUUGCUCUACAGGCUGAGAUGAACCACUUCCACCAGCGCCGCGAGGUGGACUUCAAGGAGAUGAUGCAGGCCUAUAUCAAACAGCAGAUCGCCUUCUACCAGCGCGUGGGCCAACAGCUGGAGCGUACCCUGCACAUGUACGACAACCUGUAGAGGCUGGGCUUGUCAUCAGCCCUGACGUUAUCCUUUUGAUCCGAAAUGGCCGCCAAGUUCAACGGGGCCUCUUCAGGGGUUGUCAAAAAUCCUAUUGGAAACCGAGACAUCCCACUGGACACACACUGGUUGUUUAAAUGUAAUUUGUCAAUGUAUUGUGACGUGGAAAAUACAUUGGAUUUGAACAAAGUUUACAUCAUUGAAAUUAGGGUAAAACUUCAACUUAACUACAGAGACUUAACCUGAUUAACAGGUUGUUACAUCAGUCUAAUGUCAACAUAAUCAUCAUAACAAUUAAAUACGUGGAAAUUGCGUUGAAAAUUCCACGUAGAAAUGUAAAAAAUCUUCAACUUUGGGUGGUUGAAAUGAAGUUUAAUUUCAUAUUUGAUUAGACAUAUGUUAUUUGAACUUGUGUCAAUGCUGAUAGUAAAAUUGUAUGUUUGAAUCAACAUCAUUGUUUCAACGUCAUGCCAUCAACCUAAAUAGAUGUACAUUGAAAUAAAAUGGUAAGCCACAGUCCAACGAUUCCUGCCUGAAAAUUGACACCUACGGAGAGGUAAUGCACUUCAGUGAAACAAGUCUACCAUACAGAUAGAUGCCUUCCUCUAUGUACCCUGCUUAGCUUGAGAAACAAGCAGUGUUCAAUUCAGCUGAUCUAUCAUGUCAACACAGUAAGACAUUGGUCAGCUUCCAUACACUUUUGAAUAGUUGAAAGUAACUCCUCUAACUUUUCUUACACUUGCUGCAUGUGAAAGUAAGUUUGGAGUGAGGUUGGGUUUAUUAUGUAAGCUACAUUGACAUCUGAUUUUCCCAAAGACCACCAUCAUUUCAACGCUAGGUAUACUGUCAUUCAACUAUGGCUGAUUGGAUAUUUAGAAGUAUAGAAGUAGUUACCAUUAGCUUUAUAAUUAGGAUGCUGAAUUUACCUCUUCAUGAUGACAUGAAGUUGAAACUGACGUUGAUUCAAACAUACAAUUUUACUAGGUUAAACUAAAUAUGUCUAAUCAAAUAUAAAAUUCUACCCUUAAGAAAGCUACCCUUAAGAAAAAUAUAGUUUACUUAACUAAGGUUACUUUGAAAAAGUAGUUCAAUAUAUCCGAAGCACAUAAUUCAGAAAAAUGAUUGUAUGUAAAUUUGAAAUGUCAUAGACUACAAAUUGCAAGAACAGUUCACUUUGGGGUCAUACAUGGAAUAUGUCAUUUUAAUAGAAUAUGUAAGUUUCAAGUGAGAAUUUGGCAGGUCUGAUGCCGAAAACCCCCCAAAAUAUUUCCUACUUCGCCCAUAUAUAUAUAAAAAUAAAAUUGGACUAGUUCAACUACCACCUAGCUUCUUCAAAUGUAGUUAAAUGCCUUUGAAAGGGGUAUGGUAGUAGGUGCCAGGCACACUGGUUUGUGUCAAGAAUUUAGGGUAAAAAGGAGGGGGCGAUAUAGCUCAAUAUUAGGUAGGUAUUCCUAAUGUUUUGUACACUUAACCUGGAUGAACAUAGGAUUAUAUAUAUAUAUAUAUAUAUAUAUAUAUAUAUGGAAUUUCCAAUGCAUUUUCAACGUAUACAUAGUUCUGAUGAUUAUGUUGAAAUUAGAUUGAUGUAUCAAUCUGUUAUUCAGGUCAAGUCAUUGUAUUGAAGUUGAAGUUUUACCCUCAUUUCAAUGCUUACAACGCUGGUUGAAAUGAGAUGAAAUCAGUACAGUUUGAUUACUUUUUGUAUUUUCCACAUUGAUUCCACGUCACAAUACUUUGACAAAUGGUAUUGAAACAAUGUUGAUUUAACCAGUGUGUGCCCAGCGGGAUGGCUGUAAGCUGGAAAAGUUUAUCUGUUUAUUCUCUUUCUUCAUGGUGGACCAUGAUAGUCACACAAACCCUGGCUUGAAAGAAGAGAGGGGUUACUGAGGUUGCUGCCUUAUAAAGAUGACUUUCUGCUUAUUGUGACUUGAAUAUGGGCCAAGUGGUUCAUAGACUCGGCCAGAAAGAGGGCAUGUUCUUGAAGAGGCUGGGGAAGCCAGUUUGUGCACUUCACGUAAUAGUCACUUUCCAGGCUGAAAUUCGAAGUCUAAAUUCUUUGUUUUCAAGGGACUUACACCAUUGUCUUCUUCAUAAAUCCACCAAUUUUGCUAUGUUAUGACCAACAUUUUUGUUGUUGUUGUAUACAAUACCAUCUAUUUAAGGUGUUUGCAACAAAUCUUAAUACGUCAAUUGAUAGGUGGCAUUUAAGAAUUCUCUGCAGAGGGUCAAAGAUACGCAUGUGUAGCCUUAAGCAGACGGUAGAAGCUGAACCCCUUUCGUGUACUGUAUGAAAACCACGACAGAGUCCAUGCCAUCUCCUCCCGUUCUUUCUCAGAGUAAGGGCUUGAAUGCUCAGGUGUUCACUGCAAACGUGGUACCUGAAUGUAUCUUCUUGAGAUAGCUCUCCAUACAAGCCAUGACUGUGCCCGUCGGCGGCUUUUAGAGUUCCAAGAGGCAGCAGCUGCACUACAUAGCUUAAGAGAAUUAACAUCAUGGAAUGAAUGUUACUUUUUUCCCCCCCGUGGUCCCUGUAAAGUGCCUUGAAGGAGCAGAGGCAUUUUAGUGUGGUUUUCUAAACAAAUGUCUUCACCUGCUUCUUUGCCCAUUUGAGGAGGAACAGGCCUUUGGAAUCAGUUGUGCUCCAGUUGAGUUUGCACAGGAGCUUUGCACCCGUCGUCGUUCAUGGUGUGUGUGCGUGCAUGCCUCCGUGCGAUUGUAAAUGGUUGGGUUAUUGAUAGACUCCUUGUUCUUUCUGUUGCAACAAACGUUUGGCCAGCAGUCUUGAAGUUGGAAGUACUUAAUGUUACAGUAAGUGUAAACAAGGAGUAAUCACCCCUCUUAUUUGAGAAACAACGUUGACUUCGAACAUAGUGUUCUUCUUCUCUGAGCUGAAUCAUUACCGCACAUCUUUCAGUGUUGAUUACCAAAUAAUUGAAGUUGUUCCAGUCAUAUAACACAUGUAUUUUAAUAGGAGCCACCUUAUGAGACUUUAUAGAGAUCUGUGGUUUGUUUGAGCUAUCUUUAGAACUAUUAUGAAUCUAAGAGGUAAAGACGGAGACACUGCUUCUCAGUGAAAGCAUUGCCUCAAGAACAGUCAAGUAAAUGAUUAAAUACAGAGCACUAACUUGUUCACAAUUAAGGCGUUGCUUUGAAUAGUUACUUGAGUGAACGGUCCAUUCACAUGCUUUAAUUGGCUUUCCCCAAGUACCGUUAAAUAAUACAGUACUCUACUCAGGGUUUUCAUUCUGAUUAUGGAAUAUUGAAGUAUAGAUGUCUAGCACAGAGCCCAAAGAGAUGUAUUUCCAUUCACUUCAAUUUGACAGGACAAAAACCAAUCACCAAAAAAACAAUACUAUAAGUUAUUGGAUGAUGCUCUUUUUUUCCCAGUUAUGCUUGAGACCAUAGUUUCAGUAAAUAAACAAAGACUGCCCUGCCAUUACCUUCUAAGUAAACCACAAAAGUCUGACUCUGUCUAUGACUCAGUACUGAGUGUUGUCUCAAUGGCUGGUCCACUUCCAACGUACAUUCCAGGGUAUGGGUAGAUGUUAAAACCAGGUGUUUCACAACACUCCUUUUGAAAUGUCCUCAUCUUCUCGCCUGUUUUUUUUAUUUUUUAUUGCACAAAGACCAAAGUAUCACUAUUUAGCACUCAGUAUGAAAUGAAAGUGUCUCUCCAAUAAAUAGCUGACCAUACAUAGGAGGUGGUCGAGUGUUGGCUGUCUUCAAUAGUUUUCUUAUUCAUACGGUCACAUUUUGAGGAGAUGGGUCGGACAACCUCUGUGGAAAGAGACUAACAGGGCAAAGGGAGAAGCAAUAUUCAGGGGAAAAGGACUGGAAAUGAUUCCAUGUGAACUGUUACUCACCGACUCGGACUGGCAGUGCGAACGGUAAUGUAAGGACAUGUUGACGAACUGUAUGGCUGGUGGAAGGACACUGAGUCUCACAUGGAUGAUUCUGGCUUCACGAGUAUGUGUGAGAAUGAGACUGGGACGGGCAUGAUGAGACCUAUGGUUCUGUUAUAUUUUCCUAUAUUGAAAUACACACUGUCUUAGGAUUUUGGCACAAGGAACGAUGUCACUAAGGGAGGCUCUGAAAGUCUUAAUAAAAGCGAUCAUGCU